UCCGUUGGGCGUUUACUAAUUUCCACUUUUAGCCCUGACGCACCACCGUCCAUUUUCUUUUAUCUCCUUCAUCUGUGUCUCCCUCAAUCAGUAUCAGAACAUCCGCCAUUGAUAUCCAACCAUGAAUCGAAACGCCAAACUUGACAUCAUCGAUUUCUUCUUAUCUGAAUCCUCAUCACCUUUCUUUUUCCCUAAACCCUUUGCUCUUCUAAACCCCUUUCAACCCACCCCUGAUCUUGAUUUAGCUCUUGAUCUCUUAAACCCUACUUACCCCUCACUUGAUCUCCUUUCUCCAUUUGAUACCAUCACUGAUUUCAUUCACGUUGAGCGAAAGACUCCCUCCGGCACCACUUCAGCUCGGCAGCUCACCACCAGGCGCCGAUCCACAGCCACGGACUUGUAUCUUCAGUCACUCUCCGACCGUGUCUCUGCUCUCGAGCUAGGUUUUGAUCUGAUAGACGAGGAGAAGAAGAAGAAGAAGGUGAAGUCCGAUCGGAAGUACACGUGGACGGCAGAGAUUAACAGCUCCGACAAGGAUGGUUUAGAUCGGACAUACAAAUUGGUAACGGAGAUCAAGGGAGGAAAGAAGAAGGAGAAGAGCUGCAAAUGGACGGCUGAGGUUAAAAGGAAGGGACACGAUGCACGGAAGUACUCUUUCACGGCGUCAACUGCCAAUGCCGCCAUUGAAGAUGAUAGUGGAUCAGAGAAGAAAGAGAAGAAGAAGAAGAAGGAUAAGAAGAAAGAGAAAGCAGCUCGGAUCGUCGAAAUCCAAGGUUCCCCUGAUCAUGGCGCUCUUGUCUUGAGACAGGCAUUUACUAAGAGGAACAAAGGGAAGAAGAAGGAGUUGUCACCUCAGGAUGCAGCCCUUGUGAUACAGAUGACUUUUAGAGCUUAUUUGAUCAAGAGAUCUCAGGCUCUUCGCGCUCUUCGUGAGUUGGCUGUUGCUAAGGGAAAGCUGAAGGAGCUCAGGGCUUUGUUCCAGAAUUUCUCUUAUCGUCGUCGACUGGCUCGUGAUGCAGCUGAGAAACAGAAGUUCUCUGAGAAGGUUAUCGUUCUGCUUCUCACCGUCGAUGCCAUUGAGGGUGCUGAUAUCAUGGUGAGGGGUGCAAAAAGGUCGAUGGUGGACGAGCUGGAAGCAAUGCUGGAUGUAGUGGAUCCAGAGCCCGCAGGUGGGCGGUCUGUAUCCUUGAAGAGGAGGACCUUCGAUAUGCCGGAUGGUGUGAUUCAGAAGGAAAUCGCGGAAGGUGUGGCUGAGGUUGUGCGCAUGUUCGGACAGGAGAAGGCUGAUGGUUCUGAAACCUCUGAAGCUUGCUUAUAAUCAAGUCCAUCCCAUGAUGAGAUGAGUAUGCAGACCAACCUGAAUUUCAUGUUGUAUUGUUUUUUCUUUACGUAGGCUUAUGUUUUGUGUGAUGUUAUUUCUGUGUGUUGUAUGCUAAAUCUUUGACUAGUUUGAGUAAUAGCAAUUUGUUCCCUUUAAAUAA